AUGUCAGAAGGUCAGGCCAUCUAUACUUCUGGUCACCAUGAUUCCGUGCUGGCGCUCUCACCGGUGGCGCACUGCACAAACUCUGCUGCCUACCUUCUCAAGCACCUAAGACCCGAUUUUGCUUCAAUGGUACCGGGUGGACGGGUAGUUGGGCUUGAAAAUGAGCCAUCUGUUCUCGAGCAGGGUCGGGCCGCGGCCGAGGAAAAGGGGAUCCGAAACGUUGAAUUCGUCGUUGGCGAUGUAUUCUCGUUAGAUUAUCCAGAUAAUUCUUUUGAUGUUGUUCAUUGCCAUCAAGUUUUGCAGCACGUUGGCGAUCCAGUUGCAGCCCUUCGAGAAAUGCGUAGAGUAGCAAAGCCCGGUGGACUUGUUGCUGCGCGCGAAGGAGAUUUCUCGACAAUGACGUGGUAUCCAGACAACGAAACACUCGGCUUCUGGAAAGAUUUGUACAUUCGUCUCGCACGUGCAAAUGGUGGAGAGCCCGAUGCGGGGCGUCGACUUCAUGUUUGGGCCAAUAAAGCCGGCUUUGACUGGUCUGAGCUUGAUUCGUCAUCAAGUACUUGGCUGUUUCGACAUCCAGAUGAUCGUCUAUGGUGGAGCUCCAUGUGGGCAGAUCGAACCGUUGCGUCGCGCUAUGCUCAGGGUAGGAUCGAGCGAGGCUUUGCCACCAAACAAGACCUUGACAGGAUAGCUGACGAGUGGAGAUCCUGGGGUCAGGGCGAAGAUGCUUGGUUUACCUUUGUACAUGGAGAAAUUGUGUGUCAUGUUCGAUAA